GAUAAGCAGGCUUAUAAAAGACAAAUGCCUGGUUAUGAGUGUGUACAGGGAUGUGUAGUUGGUCUGGUUGUAGCAGUGGUGGUUUGGUGUAAUAGAGUCACUUUUCAACAAAGCAGUUCUGUUAAUGUUUGUUUCUGCUAUGGACCUGGGUUGGAAAAGGGUCCACCACUUGGUUGUCAUCUUGAUUUUCUUGAAACAUGCUGUUGGUCAUGAAGGUUGGUUUUCGCAGAAUCUUCAGCCUCAAGAGAAUUGGCCUGUCCACAAGCGCUUCUCCCCUGGGGGAAUCCAGUCUUCUGUGUUGGAGGCUCCAGUGACUGGAAGCAUUCCUGUAGAAGAAGUGGCUCCUAAUAUGCUUCUUGGGAAAAGCCCGAGUGCCAGUAGGUCUAGGUUUUCCCUUUCACAUCAGUAUGUAAAAGGAGGCUCUUCCAGCAGCUAUGGACCUAUGUCUCAUACCCAAAGUUCCCCAAGUGUCUCGGAUAGUGUUUCUCAAUUACUUCAACUCCAGGGUUCCUCCAGUCCACAUGCCCAGAGUGUAGUCAGCCAGUCUGAUGAUAGACAAGAUUCCUACAGCUGGUCUUCUCUCUCUUCUCCGGAUGGCUCUAGUCUGCAAGGAGUUUCUGCGCAACUUGCUUCCACACCAGUACGUGGUGGUGGUUCCAGUGGCUUGUCCAUUCCGUCUCAUAGCUCCUCUAGUCUUUCUACCCCUGACUCUUUGUCAAAACUUAUUUUCUCGCCUCUUGCUGUUUCUGGCUUGCCCAGCAGUAGUCAAAGCUCCUCAAACAUGUUUACAGCAAGCUCUCAGAACAGCUCUGGCCUUCAGUUAGGAGGAACGUCUAGUCUGCUUUCUAAACUGAGUAGCUCUUCCACAGGAUCCUCAGGAAGUUCCCGCCGUCUCUUUACUGCUACUUAUCAGGGCAGCUCUGGGCCACAACUGGCAGGAAGUUCCAGCCAGCUUGUUUCUACAAGUGGUUUGCUCACCCAGCCUCUAAGUGCUGAAAGCCAGGAUACCUCUGGAUCCUCCUAUGUCAAGAUUGCUCCUUCACCCCUAGGAUUUAGUCAGGCUACCAGUGGCCAAAGCAAUUACAGGCAGUAUUCCCUAAGCUCCCAGAGCAGGGUUGGGACUCAGCUGGCAGCUUCCCAUCGAUAUGUACCAGGACAGGGAAGUUCUAGUUUGUCUGUUCAGCCUCAAGGUACCACUAGCCAGUAUGCUCCAGCCUUUUCCUUGGGUGCAAAACCUCCCAUGUCCAGCCAGUACUAUCAGACAACUCAGAGUGGUUCUCUUUCUCCAAGCCAGUCAUCUCAGGGGGGGCCUUCAAUCACUAGGACCCAGGGUUUUCAAGCCUCUAGUACAGCAGUGUUGCAAGGAUCUGGUACAUCACAGAGCAGCUCUUGGUCUCCUAGUAGGUUCUCUUCACUGUCCUCUCAAGGUACCUCUAGCCAAAAUGUCCCAGUUCCUUUGGGUGCAAAAGUGCCUGUGUACAGUCAAGCUGCUCCUAGUGGAUCCUGGUUGUCUCUGAGCCAGCCAUCUCAAUUGCGUCCUGCCUCUACAUCACAAAGUUUCCAGACCUCUGAUACAGUGGCAUCACAGAGUAGUUCUCCAUCUCAAGGCUCCAAGGUUCCCAGUAGGUUCUCUACCUCCAGAGUAAGCCCUGGCCAACUUUCCUCCAUACAAGGAAGUGGCAGGUAUGAUGGUUUGUUUGGCCAUUCUCAAAGUGCCUCAACUCUGUAUAGCCCUGGGUCCCCUGUAUAUGCCAAACCUGGGUCCUCCCUUCUUGACCUUUCUAGCCAAUCUGCCAGUGGUCAGAGCUCCUACAGCAAGUACACAUUAAGUUCCCAGAGCAGGGCUGGCGCUAAGCCGGCAGGCUCCAGUCCUACUGUCCCUGUGCUGUCAGGAAGCACCUUAACUGGAUCCUCUCUCCACCUGCAGGGUACUUCUGCCCAGUAUGUGCCUGCUCCUUUGGAUGCAAAAGUGCCUGUGUACCGUCAAACUUCCCCAAGUGGAUCCUUGUCUCUGAGCAAGCCGCCUCAAUGGCUGCCUUCCUCUAGGUGGUCACAAAGCUUUCAGACCUCUGGUACGGUUGCAUCACAGAGUAGCUCUCCAUCUCAAGGCUCCAAGGUUCCCAGUAUAUUCUCUACCUCUGCAUUAAGCCCUGGCCAGCUUGCCUCCACACAAGGAAGUGACGGAUAUAGUGGCUUGUCCAGCCUGUCUCAAAGUACCUCACAUCAGUAUAGUCCUGGGUCAUCUGGAUAUACCAAGCCUGCUGCCUCACCCCUAGGUGUUAGUCAGUCUACCAUUGGACAGAGCUCUUACAGCCAGUAUACAUCAAGCUCCCAGAACAGAGCUGGCACUCAGCUGGCAGGCUCUAGUCACUAUGCAGCUCCAUCUCAAGGCUCCAAGACUCCCACUAAGUUGUCUACCCUUAUCUCCGCAGCAAGUCCUGGCCAAUUUGUCUCCACACAAAAGGGAAGUGGCAGCUAUAUUGGUUUGUCCAGCCCAUCUCAAAGUACCUCAAGUCCAUAUAGCUCUGGGUCCCCUGCAUAUGCCGAACGUGGUUCCUCUCUUUCUAGCCAAUCAACAAGUGGUCCAAGCUCUUCUGGCCUGUAUGCAUCAAGCUCCCAGAGUAUGGCUGGAACUCAGCUGGCAGGUUCUAGUAGUUAUGUGCCUGUUCGAAAAGGAACUACCUUUACUGGAGCAUCUUUCCAGUUUCAAGGUGCCUCUAACCAGUAUGCCCCUUCUGUGUCCAGUCAAUACACUCAGGCUUCUCCAAGUGAAUCAUCAACCGGCUCAGAUGCAUUUAGAAAAUGGCAGCCUUCAGCCUCAACUCUGAGCCAAUGGUUUCAGGCCUCUGGCACAGCUGUACCUCAGAGCAGCUCUUUCCCUCAGAGCUCUCAGAUUUCCAGUGGGUCUUCCUUCCUGCCAGCCCUGAGCCCUUCUGUGGAUUCUGUGGCCCAGAGUUCUAUCUCUAGUUCUCAGAGGACCUCAAGCUUCUUUGGUACAGGACUCAGACCCUCUAAGCUCUCGGCUCAGGCUGUUUCUGGCUCGGCAAUUGGUAGCCAAAUAUCUCCUGGCCUGUCUGCUUCUGUUCAUCAACCCUCAGGCUCCAUGACUUCAUCUCCAGGCUCAAGUGUCCCAGGAGCUUUACAAGGCAUGUUCUCUGGUCAGUCCAGUGACUCGACACUUUUCUCAAGUAGCUAUGGUUACACCUAUGGCCAGAAAGCUACAGGCUUUUCCAGACCUUCCCAGAGCUCCUCUGCUUCAGGACGAUACUCUUCAUCGGUCAAGGGCUAAAGGACUGCUAUGUGCUUUGGUUCUGUGGACAAAUGUCAAUGCUAUAUGGUAUAAAUCUGCUUUUAGUGUAAUUUUUCAACAAUAAAUUGCAUUUCCAUUUAAA